UUUUUCCUCGAUAAGGUUCCUGCAAUGCAUUAAAAUCAGGGGACUUACUUGGGCCGACUGAAUGCAAGAGUUAAAACAUUUCGGGGGUGGAGCCGCACUGGUGAUUUCAUUGGAUAGUUUAAACUUGCUUUCUAAGAGGAAAUGCACUAACAAAGGAAUAAGGAAAAGGGAUGAAGAGCUUCAUUUGUGGAUGUCCUCAGGUCAGAUGAUACAGGAUGACGAGGAGGGACUACCAGUCACCUGCUUCUGCUUUCAAAGAUGCUGCUCAACCUGUAAACCGUGGAGGAACACUGACUCCAGAUCAAGCUUGGUAACAGCAUCAUCAUCCUUCUCCCUCUGUCGCCAGCGCCGACGGAUCAAGCAACUAGCGUUUGCUUUGCUUGAUCUUUUUGGUACAGAUUCCCCACUUGGACAAGACUUAGUUUAAAUGUGUGGGACACAGUUUUAACACAAAAAGUUUCAAUAUGGCCGCCCGCCAAGAUCACCACAAUAAGUUUAUCAGUUUCAGCGAUGACUGUAUGCCAGCACAACUUUUUAAUGACAUUUACUCCUUGCAGAAUUGCAAUACUUUUCUUGGGAAUAGUGAUUGUCUUAUCAGUGACAACAACAAUACGACAGCUAUGAAAAGCUCCACUGCCCAAUGCCCCUUCUGUCCGAACACUAACUCUGAGAAUGACCAGAGGGAAAAUGUUGACAGAGACAAUUUAAAUACUGCCAACCAAAGAAGACUUCCAACAUCCUCUCAAAACUACAAUCAUCCAGGAGAAUCAUGUGGACGGGACAGGAAAGUGAAAAUAAGGAAGAGUGUGUCAUUUGAUGAUGAUGUCAUUGUCUACCUGUUUGAUCAGGAGAGUCCAACUCUGGACAUGCACUUUGAGUCUUACAAGUCUCUGAUGAGCAGCUAUUCCUCCAACCUGCCAGGCGUCACAUUAGAAGAUAAUGCCUUCGAAUGGGAGGAUGACUUCUCGGCUUUGGAGAAGAGCUGCCAUUUUCAGUAUGACGGGCACUCUCAUCCCUACAGCCUACUGCAGACACAUAACCGGACUGCCCAGUCCAGACCAGAGAAUGGCUGUCUACCCCAAACCUGCCUUUUCCUCACCUAUGUCACUGAGUCCGACCUCGAGUGAGAUAAGGGUUUGUUGAACCUGAGAUCUGUUCUGUCAGAGAUAAGGGGAGUAGCAAGAUGAAAUCCAAAGGGAAGGCUGUGAAGCCAUCCAGAAGGAACUGGUCCGACCCGGAGCCGGAAUUCGGAGCCUGCUCCAGUGAGCAGGAAGGCUCAGAGGCCUCGGUCCGGAUCCGUGGCUCCUGGAGGGGCUCUCUGAGGAGCGGCAAUGGCAAGAGGCAGGGAGGCCGCCGGCGACGCAAGCACGGCUCCAGCACCAAAGAGCGCAGCAUCCGUCGACUGGAAAGCAACGAAAGGGAACGCCAGCGCAUGCACAAACUCAACAACGCCUUCCAAGCACUGCGCGAGGCCAUCCCGCAUGUGAAAACCGAGAAGAAGCUGUCCAAGAUCGAAACGCUGACCCUGGCUAAGAAUUACAUCAAAGCUUUGACCACCAUCAUCCUGGAUAUGUCAGGGGGCUGCCUGCCUGCUGGCGGGGUCCCUUCAGAGGCCAGCGCUGCCAAGCUCCUCCAGUGCUACCAGCAGCACCUGGAGGAAGAGGGGGAGGAAGGUCUCACCCAAUACCUCACCAGUAUGCAUAGCUUCAGCCAGCAAAGCUAACAGUAAGAUUAAAGCAAGGGGAGCCACCAGGAGGAGGGCUGGACAAAUCAAACAUUACCCACUUCCUACAGUCACACUCUUAGAGACGUUCAGCUGUGUUUUCUGUAGGAAGUGGGCUCCCCCCCCAGAUCAUAGACCUCUAAUAAAUGCUAGCAAGAGGUGAGCUGUGCAGAACUCCAUGCAAAAUAUGGAAGGAUUUUAUACAGCAGACAUGAAGAAUGCAGACUGGAAAGUGAAACCAAAUGGACCAUAGUUGUGUAAUGUAUGUGCCCAGGAAAGAAGGGCUGCUUUUUUUUCACCCUCAUGUUUUUUUUCCUUCUUCUUCUUGCGUGUUGUGGUUUAAACUGGGGAAGGGGAUUGUUCUCUUUUGUGUUAUCUUGCCAUCUUCUUGUAUCGACUCUUGAGAAACCUGCUCAGUGUAACCUCGAGCCAUAACUGUUGCAUCCAUGAAAGAAAGACAACCAAGCAGAAGGCUUAAAUAUUGAGGUGUUGUUGCAAGAAAGUGCUCACAAUGAUAAUCCACCCUUGAUCUGAACGCGCAGCUCUUUCCUCUUCUUCUGCACACAGAAGAGUUCUUAAAGGCACAGAUGCUAUUUAACGUGUAUGUUACUUGCUUAUCCCCUCUCCCUGCUGUGUUUCCAUGUGUGUUUAAGCUGCAAACUUUGUGUGAAACAUCAUAACGGGGGAAAAAAAACAUUUGAGA